AUGACACUUGUAUGGAAUAAGCUUGCUCUCAAAGAAACAGAGGUGAGUCUUGCAAAGGUUUUGCGAUGCGGUCAAACAUUCAGAUGGAAGAGUAUAAAUAACGUAUGGUCUUUUGCCAUUCUGGAUAGAAUCGUCUUGCUAAAACAAGAUCAAGAUCAUAUUUACUACUCACAAGUAUUGGCGAAACUGGAAGUUGGCAGAGUUAAAGGAGACGUUUCACAAGCCACCCUUGGCUUUAUCCAAGACUACUUUGCGCUUGAUGUCAAGUUGACUGACUUGUAUCAGGAAUGGAAAUUGAAUCAUAAACCAUACAUCACUACAAAAGUCAAACAACAACAAUCACCAUUUGACCUAUUCAGCGGCAUACGUACCCUCAGGCAAGAUCCAUGGGAAUGUUUAAUCUCCUUCAUUUGUUCCUCAAACAACAAUGUCAAGCGAAUUCUGAAAAUGUGUGAUAAUUUAUGUAUACAAUUCGGCAACUACAUCAACGAUUACGAAGGAAUUCCAUUUUAUUCUUUCCCUACCCCACAACAACUAUCCUCUGACCCUUCAGUCGAGCUGAAGUUGAGAGAAUUGGGAUUUGGAUAUCGGGCAAAGUACAUUUAUCAAACGGCUUGUAAAUUUACCGAUGAUGACACAUACCCCCAUAUAAACCUAGCUCACUUGAUGCAACUACGUCAGUGUUCGUAUGAGGAAGCUCAUGAGUUUUUGCUACAGUUGACUGGUGUGGGGCCCAAAGUUGCCGAUUGUAUAUGUUUGAUGUCAUUGGAUAAAUCAAAUGUCGUCCCUAUUGACACGCAUGUUUACCAAAUUGCCGUACGUGAUUUCAAAUAUAGAGGCGGUGGAAAGCGAGAGAUGAAGACACUUAGUAAAGCCAUGCAUGAUGAUAUAAGACGGUUUUUCCAGGGUAUUUUUGGUGAUUAUGCUGGUUGGGCCCAGUCGGUGUUGUUUGCUGCUGAUUUAACUGAUUUGAACAAUGGGGUUAAUAUCGUUGAGACGAAGAAGGAAAAAGAGGUGUCUGGUAAGGAGAGUAAGGUGAAGAUAAAGACUGAAGAGGAAAUUAAGAUACUGAGUGCUGGUAGCAAGAGGACAAAAACGAUAAAGCUAGAAUCCAACAAUAAGAGGGUCAAAACCAUAAAAGCCGAUUUGACAACUGUUGUCAAAUCGUAA